AUGCUUGUGAGAGACCAGAGAUCACACCUGAGUCAGCUGUGUGCAAGGCAAACAUCCUACUCGCUGUCCUUCCACAUUGGCUCUGAAAACGAAGACUCUGAGAAGGGAAGAACAAGUAACAAAACUCAGGAGUCUUCCCCGGAUAGUCCCAGACUACUGACUUCCCAGACCUACCUCAGUGAAGAUGCCGUCGCGAAAAUGAUCCACUCCAUCCAGGAGGCUUUCACAGGCCAGCUGAAGAUCCUAGUGGAAGAGUAUAUUCCAUGGAAAUUAUUCAGCCCUGUGCGCCAGGAGAUCUUUUUCACCAUCUCUGCUCUCAGUUACCAAGAGGUCUGUUUGCUCUUUGGCUCUGAAGAUAAAGAUGCCUUGCUCGGUCUUAUCAUCAUAAGCGUAAUCACUCUGCCCUCAGUAGAGGAAGUACCAAGUGGGCCUUACAACUCAGAGGAUCUCUGCAUACUGACGUUUCAGGAAUUCUUUGAGAUGCUCCAGAUGUUGGUGGUACGCGAUCCACAUUUAGAAAAUCUUGACAACAUUUUCAAGCACUUGUCCCCCUGGCUGCAGACAAACAGACACUCUGAGCGGAUGCUGGCCACCACCAGCAUUGCUGAAGUUCUGAAGUGCUUAUCCAGAAAUCUCAGCUUGAAGCUUCCUCUGCGUUUUCACAGACUUGGCCACCUCGUGGCUCUGAUGGCGCUGCUCUGUGGGGACCCAGUGACUUCGGUGGCUGAGAAGGCUGCAGAGGGCAUGCACCACCUGCUGCGUAUCACCCUGAGACUGAAAUAUACUGCCCAUGAGGAGAAAAAUUAUGAAAGCUUUAGAAGAGCAAUGAAAAGGUGUCGCAAUGCCCUGAAAUUCUACAGCAUUAAACAGUUCUACAAAUACCCCUUCCAGAUUGCUCAGGUCUUUGAAGUUUUUCUCAAUUCUAACGAGCUCUGCCAGUUUGUAAUGACUGUAGCGGAUGGCCUGAAAAAUCUGCGCUAUCCUUCCAUCCAGCUAGCAGCAGGAGAAUUGCUGAUAACGUUGAUGGAAAACGUGAAGUCCAGGUUUGAAAAGGUGCCCGAGGUUAUAGGGGUUAUCUGUGCCCGACUCUCCAUGGUCAGCCAUCCUGUAGUCCGCCAACAAAUUAUCAAUACCGUGAGCGUGAUUAUGUGCACACCCAUUUACACAGACGUAGUGGUCAGCCACCUUCUGUGCCAGCCAUUGCCAUUCAACAGGUCUCUGACAGAGCUAUGGAGAAAUCUGACGGUGAAUGUGAAACUCACAACCUGGAUCCUGUCGCGGCUGCUGAGGAAGCUGCAGAGAAGUCAUGUUCAGCCCUUCCAGGAGAAGAUGAACUACAUGACUGUUUCAGCCACCAGUGCCCUUUCGGAGGUGUUUAUAGGAAACAAGCUCAAAGCAGCCAUGUUCCGACUCUUUCCUCAGCUUCUUAUUGCACUGCUCAUCCAGAUUCACCACUGCAUCGGUCUCACCAUGUCUGAUGUCUCCAUCCCGCCUUACCUACUCUCGAACCAGGAAAUGUUUUCAGAGGUCGCUCCUUUGGGCCUUGCCGUACAGGCUACCAAGACUCUCCUUUUCAGAACGUUGUGCUUUCAGGAAUUCAGCAUCAUGGAAAAGAAAAAAGGAUGGGCCCUCCUGGAAGGAGAAGAUAGCCAUCUCCAGGGCGUAGCUCUUCUUGCCAACGCGAUACUAGAAGGAAGUCCCGCCUUUGCACAUAAGAUCUUAUAUUUGUUAGUCCCUCUUCUUAACCGAGGGAAUGAAAAGCAUAAACUCACAGCUGCAGGCUUUUUUGUGGAGCUCUUCCAGAGUCCAGUGGCUAUGAGAUUGCCCCGCAUAUACUCUGUUACCCGCUUGACAGACUGGCUCCAUGAUGAAAAUAUUCUCUUUAGAAUUCUUGCUCUGAGGGGACUGCUCCACAUGAUCAGACACCAGAAGAUGAGGGAAGACUUCAUCAGCCUGAUUCCGAGCAUCUUGGACCUCUUAAGUGAUACCAAAGAGAAGAUUAUUUUGCUGGCCAUCGAGAUUCUCCUGCAUCUUGUCAAGAAGAUGGAUUUCACCACGCUGGCUGCCAUGAUGAGGACUCUGUUCUUCUUAUUUCGAGAUGUGAGAUCUGAUGUUCGUCUUUUCUCCAUGACCCUCUACGAAGCCUCCAUAAAGUCUGUGAAAUGCUCAGAGAAGAAGGGUAUAGAGAACCAAGUCCUGAGCAGUUUGGUCCCACUACUUCUCUACACACAGGAUGAAAAUAAUGCAGUAGCUGAGGAGAGCAGGCAUCUGCUGACUGUAUGUGCUCAGUUUCUGAAGUGGAGGUUGCCCAAAGAAGUGUACAGAAAAGAUCCCUGGUACGCCAGGUCCGGUGAAGUUGAAACCAUCUCCAAAUUCCUUGGAAAAAAAUGCGAGGGGAAAGUUAACAUCCUUACCCAAAUGUUGAUAUACUCCAAGAAUGCCAAGCUUCCCAUCAAAAGAGCUGCAGUCUUGUUUAUAGGGCUGUUUUCAAAGUGCAUGGAUCCCAGGGGACUCAAGACAGAGGAUAUUGACUGGAUAGAGUAUGCUGGACUCCCCCGCCGCUCGCCGCGGGCAGAGGACGGCCGUCCGCUUAAGGCCCCGAGGGCCGCCGUCUUCCGGCGUUUCCGGAGGACGGGGCCGGGCGGGGACGCUCCGAAGAAGCUGAGGACUCUUUCGAGGCGGCACGCGGAGGCAGACGGCCGCUAG